AAAAUUUCUUAUAACUAGAGACGAAGGGAAUACAUGAAAAUGUGACAUAUUUACAAAUAUAUGCAUGCAUAAAUAAGAUUUACAAGACUGUUUCAUCUCCAUGGCUCUCAACUUGUUCACCCUUUUCACUAUUUUUCUUUUCAUGAUCAUUGCACUAAAACUAAUAAGGAAUCAUUACAAAAAAUCUGAUUCAACUAGUACAAAUCUACCCCCAAGUCCAUGGAAACUACCCAUCAUAGGAAAUAUUCUCCAUCUUGUUACAUCAAACCCACCUAGAAAAUUAAGAGAUCUAGCCAAAAGAUAUGGACCCUUGAUGCAUCUUCAACUUGGUGAGAUCUUCUUCAUUGUUGUUUCCUCAGCAGAAGUUGCUAAAGAAGUUCUAAAAACUCAUGAUAUUACUUUUGCAUCAAGGCCUCAUCUUAUGGCCACAGAUAUUGCAUCCUAUAAUUCCACUGAUAUAGCUUUUUCACCUUAUGGUGAUUAUUGGAGACAACUUAGAAAGAUUUGUGCUAUUGAGCUUUUGAGUGUAAGAAGGGUCAAAUCUCUUUGGCCAAUAAGAGAAAAAGAGAUGAAUUCUCUCUUAAAAAAGAUUGCUUCAAAUGAAGGAUCACAAUUCAAUCUCUCUCAAGCUGUUAUUUCAUUCAUGUAUACAUUCACUUCGAAGGCUGCAUUUGGUAAGAAAUAUGCAGAAGAAGAAGAGUUCAUAUCAGUUGCAAAACAACUCAUAAAGCUUGCUGGAGGUUUCUAUAUUGGAGACUUGUUUCCUUCUGCUACAUGGCUUCACAAUCUCUCUGGAAUGAAGCCUAAGCUUGAGAAGUUAAGUCAACAUGUGGAUAGGAUACUAGGACAUAUCAUCAAUGAUCAUAAAGAGGAAAGGUCAAGAAGAGCUAAAGAAGGUGUUGCUGAAGCAGAGGAAGAUCUUAUUGACGUUCUCUUGAAAUUUGAGGAUAGUAGCAAUGAUCUGGAUUUUUAUUUAACUUCUGAUAAUAUCAAGGCUAUAAUUUUGGAUGUGUUUAUUGCUGGAAGUGAGACUGCAGCAACUACCAUUAAUUGGGCAAUGGCUGAGAUGAUAAAAAAUCCAAGAGUUCUGAAGAUAGCACAAGCUGAAGUGAGGGACAAAAUUAAUAGGAGAGGAAUGAUUGAUGAAACCACACUUGGUGAGUUAAAAUAUUUGAAAGCAGUAAUCAAAGAGUCACUUAGAUUACACCCUUCUAUUCCUCUCCUUCUUCCAAGGGAAUGUAGACAAGCUUGUGUGAUUAAUGGUUAUCACAUACCUGUCAAAAGUAGAGUUAUAAUUAAUGCUUGGGCGAUUGGAAGAGAUCCAAAAUAUUGGAUUGACCCUGAUAAGUUUUAUCCUGAAAGAUUUAUUGAUAGUUCUAUUGACUACAAAGGAACCAACUUUGAGUAUAUUCCAUUUGGUGGUGGAAGGAGAAUUUGUCCAGGUAUGAACUAUGGUAUAGCAAAUGUUGAGCAGACCCUUGCAAUGUUUUUGUAUCAUUUUGAUUGGAAGCUUCCCAAUGGAAUGAAAAAUGAGGAGUUAGAAUUGAGAGAGGAGUUUGGAGCUGCUAUGUCAAGAAAAGGUGACCUUUACUUGAUUCCCAUAAUUUCUCAUCCUUUGUUUGUAACAUAAAAAUGUGGCUUUGUUUAAAGAUGUUAUAGCCUUGAAGAGUGAUCCACUACUACAAUGUUUUAUGUUUGUUAAUUAUCAGUAGCUUAUUUGUGUUACUUGUUAUUCAGAGUCAAAUGUUAUAUUUUAUUUUUAUUUUACUCCAUUGUUCUAUGUUCUGUUUUAUGAUUUAUUAUGUGGUCCUUGACAUGAGGACAAUUUGAUUUC